AUGGGUGUCAAUAAUUUGUCGGUGGUUUUGAAGAAAAAGGACGAAAUUGUCUUGGAAAAUCGACCCGUAUCAGAACCAGGACCCCAUGAGGUUUUGAUUGGCAUCGACACCGUGGGCAUCUGUGGCUCUGACGUCCACUACUGGAAGAAUGGACGCAUCGGCAAUUUCAUCGUCCGAGAGCCGAUGGUCCUCGGACACGAAUCCAGCGGAACUGUGGUCAGGGUGGGAAGCAAAGUGACACACCUCAAGCCCGGGGACAGGGUGGCCAUUGAGCCUGGGGUUCCAUGCAGGAUGUGCGAGUUCUGCAAGUCUGGGCGGUACAACCUGUGCCGCGAAGUAAAGUUCUGUGCCACCCCUCCAGUGGACGGAUCUCUCUGCCAGUACUACACUCAUGCCGCUGACUUUUGCUUCAAGCUUCCGGAACACGUGAGCCUGGAAGAAGGAGCCCUGUUAGAACCCUUGUCUGUGGCCGUGCAUGCCUGUGAAAGAGCCAGAGUCACUGCGGGGAAAACAGUCCUGGUCACUGGGGCUGGACCCAUCGGUCUCUGCAAUCUCCUGACAGCCAAAGCUCUGGGUGCUACGAGAAUUCUAGUCACAGACAUCAGCGAGAGUCGCCUGGAAGUGGCCAAGAAGCUGGGGGCCAGUCAUGUGGUGUGCGUGGGGGGGAAGGAUGCCGGAGCCUCUGCGGAAGAGAUCAGGUCCUCCCUCGGAGCUCCCCCGGACAUCACCGUGGAAUGUUCCGGAGCAGAGAGCAGCGUCAGACUGGCCAUCCUGGUGACCAAGUCUGGCGGCACUGUGGUCCUGGUGGGCAUGGGGCCCCCCGAGAUCACCCUCCCCAUCGUGGAUGCGGCCAUCCGGGAGGUGGACGUCCGGGGGGUGUUCCGCUACGCCAACUGCUACCCCACCGCCCUGGAGCUGGUGGCCAGCGGGAGGGUGGACGUCAAGCCCCUCAUCACCCACAGAUUCAGACUCGAGGAAGCAGUUCGGGCCUUCGAGACGGCCAGGUCCGGGGAAGGGGGGGCCAUCAAGGUCCUCAUCCAGAACAAGUAGUUCCCGGGAACACAUUCCCGAAGUUCAGUGCCUUCUCUCCCGAACUCUCAGAUAAUGUAUAUUUGUUGUCAUCAAAACAACGAAAUUCCCUUUAAAAAGUGAUUUUCCAGUGAUUCAAAUUUCAAGAAAAAUCCCUGCAGUGAUUGUGAUUGCAAAGACAAAGCCUUUUUAUAUAGGGUGUCCCGAAACAACCGCAUAAACUCUGCACAGCUCGAUUCCUUGUUGACUGUACAUAAAAACUGCUCCAAGAAGCGUUCCUGUACAAUCAUUAAUUUAUGGAAAAAAUACGAAGAACAAAGUAUGAUGUCACAGCUGGUCCAAGGGAAAAACACCUUAUUGGACAUAUCAACAGGGCUCAUUGUCCUCCUAUAUUUCCUUACCAACUCCUUUUUUUUUUUGUCGGAUGUUAAAUGCUGCCCAAAAAUG